AUGACGACUGAGGCUGCCAUUGGCACACUGGAUGGAAUCAUCGAUACAGUAUCUGCUCAACACCCUCUGCUGCCUUUGAUUGGGCUGUUGAAGACUAACGGGAAGCUUGUUCUUGUUGGUGCUCCUGAGAAACCACUUGAGUUACCAAGCUUUCCUUUGCUCCAAGGGAGGAAGAUAGUCGGAGGAAGCAUGAUUGGAGGGAUGAAGGAGACUCAAGAGAUGAUGGAUUUCGCUGCUAAACACAGCGUGAAACCAGAUAUUGAAGUUAUACCUAUAGAUUAUGUGAACACUGCCAUGGAGCGCCUUCUCAAAGCAGAUGUCAAAUACCGAUUCGUCAUUGACAUCGGGAGCACACUGAAGGCCGCUUGAAGUCGACACCGGUCCAAGAUUUUGUUAUUUUAUCUUACAAAAGGGCAAAAGAGGGCCGGGGUAAAGCGACCUUAUGCUAUUAUUAUGAUGAAUAAAAGAAACUGGUCUUCUUGCCGCUCAAUCGCAAAUUUCCAGUCAAUAAAUUAAAGGCAAAUGUUAACGGGGCACCCAAUAAGAAUCACAAAAUUCAUGUAUUUUAAUGCUUUAAACUCAAGUCAAAAAAUGAAAAAAAAUGAUUUGAGA